GAUGCCUGAAUGUUGCAAGCCUUGUUUCGAGGCCUUUGCCGUUUUUUUCGUGCUUUGCUCAGUUCAGAAGUCAUCAUCAGUGUCCUAUAGGCUAACACGUACAGCUUACGAUGAGAUUAUUAGGAAGAUAGGUGUCUCUUUCGAGUCUUCUCCAAAUAUCUUCUUCACUCUGAACGUCUCCAAGGAAUGCAGCGAAACUCUGGCAAAUCUCUCCUUGAAGCCUGACUUCACAAAAUACCUGGAUGCCAUGGGUAAACCUCAAAGUGGAUUACUAUUGGGAAAUAUUGGUUGGUUGGGAUCCUACAGUGAAUGCACAAAGACAAUUAGUGAUGCACAGUAUUGCCUGGCUUACAUCUCAUUUAAUAAGACUGUGCCCAUUCAUUGGGGUGUUUGCGUACCAAAACAAUGCAGUGAAGAAGAUGUAACAAAAGCUCUGCAAGAAAUCUUCUCAGCCGGUAGCAAUGAGUCGGUGGUGAGCUUGGACCCUCAGCCAGUAAGUUUGAUCGGAAAUCCAUCCCAUAAGAAACCUGUUUUCUGCAGUAAACCGUCAGAAUACACAACGGGAGUAAAGUUAACGCUGAUUUUAAUAGGCUUAGUUUUACUUCUCUGUCUGGUUGGAACCAGCUUGGACAUAGCUUUUGGCUUUAUGAAACCAAACUCCGCACCUGUCAACAAAAGUGAUGGCUUUAUGCCGGUCAAAGAGGCUUCCAUGGCAACAGACCGUGAUACCAUCAGUGACAGUUCAAAUCUAAUCCACUCUUCCACAGUGGUUUCCUCGAGUUCAAGCCGAAUUUUGUCAAGUUAUCCUCAAGAACCCGCAAAGCCAAAUUUGGUGUCGCGAUUCUUGUUAUGUUUUUCAUGGAUCCAAAACACAAAUCGUAUCAUGGAUACCAAUGUCCCUCCCAGUGCUAUUACGUCAAUCAAUGGUAUGAGAGUACUAAGCAUGUGGUGGGUCAUCUUGGGACAUCUUUACUCCAUACAAAUGAUAACAUCUAUCAGUAAUUUAAGGUUAUUCACCGACAUUAUUCAUCGCUUCACUUUCCAAGCGGUUGGCAAUGCAACCUUUUCGGUGGACAGUUUCUUUUUCCUGAGCGGUCUUUUGGUAGCUUAUCUGGCACUUCGUAAUAUGGAAAAGAAAAAUGGAGAACUUCCCCUUUUCAUGUAUUACUUUCAUCGUUUCUGGAGGUUGACUCCAACUUACAUGUUCGUUUUGCUGUUUUUCGAUAAAAUGACGUCUUUCCUGGGCGAGGGUCCGAUGUGGUAUACAAUUCAGUCGGGCAACACUUGCGACAGUUACUGGUGGACGAAUCUGCUCUACAUUAACAACUUUUAUCCGACUAAAUUUUCAAACUCGUGUAUGGGCUGGUCCUGGUACCUAGCUAAUGAUAUGCAGUUUUAUAUCAUCUCUCCUGCUAUCCUCUUCACGGCGUACAGGUUCCGCCUGCGAGGACUGCUUCUCAUUGUUGCCGUGUUGACGGGGAUCAGUUUUGUCACAACAGCUAUCAUCUAUGCACACUAUGAUCUUGCAGCUGUUCAGCUAAGUCCUGCAACUAAGGCUGAAACAGCGGCUGGUAUUGAUUCUUCUUCUCUCACUUAUGUCAAGCCCUACUGUCGUAUCGCACCUUAUCUUGUUGGUAUGUUGUUGGGUUACCUACUUGUUCACGCAAAGAAUUGGAAACUUCCUUCAAAGACCAAGAUGCGCUUGUUCAAUAUGGCUGGUUGGUGUGUGGCCAUUGCCCUCGCUCUGUCGACACUGUAUGGCGAAUAUAAAGUCUUGCGAAAGGACAAUCCUAAACCUUUCUCUCGCGCCGAGAAUAUCACGUACGGGACAUUUUCCCGCUUUGCGUGGAGCCUGGCCUUAGCUUGGGUGGUUUUUGCUUGUCAAAAUGGAUUUGGGGGUUUGGUGAAUAAGAUUUUGUCAGCUCGAUUCUGGAUUCCAUUAAGUCGUCUGACAUACUGUGCGUACCUCGUUCAUAUACUCGCCAUUGUUGCACUCUAUGGAUCGUUUGAGACUGUACAAGCAUAUUCUGAUGUCCAUAUUUCCAUCUCUUUUGUUGGAGUGAUCGGUAUUUCGUAUGCUGCAGCUUUUUUGGUGUCUGUAUGCGUGGAAUUUCCUAUGAUGCAGCUGGAGAAGCUUAUUUUUAAUCGUGGCAGAGGAGUUCGUGGUACUCGAUUACAUCAUGCCUGCCGUUCUUGAUAAUCUCGAUAGAAUUAGUAUGGCACCACCUUCGCUUUACUGGACAUGCUUCAUGUUUGGUCUGAGGGCACCGACGGGAAUGGAGCAAUGUCCAUCAUCUGUCCAUGUCAUAGCUAUCACGAGUCCCUGGAUAUUAUGAAAUUUAAGGAAUUAGCCAUCCAUCACGACAAAAUAUGCGGGUUACUUUUCCACAAAAUUGUAAAUGACAACAAUCACCAUCUUCAAAAGUUAAUACCAGUAGCACCUGAAACUACCUACUUGUUAAGGCGUGCGCUACCUUUUAAUGUACAACGCUUCAAAACCAGCUGUUUUAAGAAUAGUUUUAUUAUUUCCUCAUGUCUUAAACACGAAGGCGCGCAAUGAAAGGAGCCUUAGGUCCCACUGGACCAUUCUUCAAUCAACCGUCGUGCGAUGUAGAACUCUUAGGCCACUAUUUGUGAUCGACCACUAAAAGUUGUCGACAACUAAAUAAGUCCGAUAAAGGGAUUCCACACACUGGCGCUCAAAUACUGAUUUAGCAACCGAUUCGCGGGGAGGUUGGGCACCAAGAGCUUUCUUUGCAUUUUCCGUAUCGCCAUAACGCCAGAGCUACUCUUUCAUCGACAUCAUUGGACUGCCUCAUUCUUCUCGUUUCUCGGUGAAUAUAAGGGGUCAGUCUCUCAACAAUAAGAAGAAACGUACCCCUGUCUACUCGUAAAUUGGUGAUAAACUCACCGUCAUUCCAGUUUCUACGGCACCUUGGCCAAAAUUCCGUCGAACGAACUUUGCGCUAAAUUUGCUGUUCAAUCGUUUUGGAUAAAAUAUCCUUCACCAGAACUUGUUGGUGAGCACAAGGUGCCGCAAUAAUGACAUCGUUAGUGUCGUUUCCACCUCCAAGAAGGACGUGGAGAAGAAAGAUCAAAAAGAAUGUUUUCUUUACCGAGUAUUUUACUUCUGCAAUCCUCCAUGUUUUAAGCCAGCUGGGAAAGCCGCUGACACAAUAGCGUGGAGAUCUAAUAGUAGUCGACAACUAAAACAAAAGUUUUCACACAUUAAAAAAACGCUAAAAAAAUGAGGCCGUCGACAACUAAUAAUUUGCGUUUUAGUUGUCGACAACUUGCGCCACAGACUACGUUUUUUAGUUGUCGAUAACUUUUAGUUGUCGACAACUAAAUCCCUAGUCUGUGGAGGGCCUUAGAGUCAAAUCAGCUUGAGCUGCAGCUACUCCAAAGCAGUGAACAGCGGGCGCAUUCCUCAAAAUUGUUUUAUGUCUUCAUCGCAAUACAAGAAUUUU